AUGCGCUGGAAGGCGGCUGGCGACUGCUGCGGCCCACGCGCUUGCACUCCGUUUCCUGGGAGAAAUACCUUGACUAGCCCUACCGCUAAUACCGCCGACCGGCCCGAUGCCAAGUCGCCGCUGUCCGGACCCGAAAUUGUCCCUGAUUUUGAGGCGGCGCUGACGCGGCUGUGCGCGAUAGCGCGGAGAGGCCAGCGUGUGGACAGCCCUUUAUACAAUCCGUCGGAAGAGUGGAUUGUCGCCAGGAUGCCGAUCUUCCAGGAUCUUCCAGCCCAACAACAGUCUGAGUUGCUGGCCGAAGCGCAGGCGCUGGAAUCGGAGGCAGCGGAAGCCAACGCGGCCGGCCGCGCGUCCAGCAAGGUGUGGCCCGAGACGGUGUUCCGGCUGGAUAAUGGGGGACUGGCGUUCUUCAGCCAAUUGGGCGUGGUGCGCCGGCCCGACCUGACGCAGUACUUCGUCGAAGGGUUCACCCGCAAUCGGGACGCCCUAGCGUUCUCGGAGGAUAACCAGCGACUGUUCACCGAUGGUAUUUGA